UGAGCCUACCAACGCCAGUUGCCAGUUGCUUGUCGUCUCCAACCUCGAGGUCGCUCGCGCCCCAUCCCCAGCUCGGAAGUCGCGGCUCUCUCCCGGCCAUGGCGGCGGCGGCGCAGAGGCUCCUCGCGGCGAGCACGAAGAUCGUAGGUGUGGGACGCAACUACGCCGCCCACGCCAAGGAGCUCGGCAACGCCGUCCCCAAGGAGCCGGUGCUGUUCCUGAAGCCGACCUCGUCGUUCCUCCACGCGGGCGUGGCCACCGCCGCCGUUGAGGUGCCCGAGCCGCUCGAGUCUCUGCACCACGAGGUCGAGCUCGCCGUCGUCAUCUCCAGGCGCGCGCGCGACGUUCCCGAGGCAUCCGCCAUGGACUUCGUCGGAGGUUAUGCGCUGGCUUUGGACAUGACGGCAAGGGACCUUCAGUCCGUCGCUAAGUCUGCAGGUCUUCCUUGGACUUUGGCUAAAGCACAGGACACCUUUACUCCAAUUAGCGCCGUGGUUCCGAAAUCAGCUGUCCCUAAUCCUGAUGAUCUAGAGCUCUGGUUGAAGGUUGAUGAUGAACUUAGGCAGAAAGGGCCUACAAGUGAUAUGAUAUUCAAGAUUCCUUUUCUGAUCAGUUAUAUCAGUUCAAUCAUGACAUUGAUGGAGGGUGAUGUGAUAUUAACUGGUACUCCGGAGGGUGUAGGUCCUGUCCGAGUAGGACAGAAGAUCAAAGCUGGUAUAACUGGCCUCAUUGACGCCGAGUUUGAUGUUCAGAGGCGCAACCGGUCAUUUUCUGCCUAAUAUAGGUGAAAUCAGAGCGCGUUCCUCUUCUCAUCACCACUUCGUUGAGCAACUUCAAUUCCGGCAACAGUUCUGGAGUCCCCACUGUUUGUUGUAUUUGUAAUCCUCGGAAUAUCUCUGGUCAGAUGUCCGAGCACACUACUGGUCUUUGUUGUUGCACCUGUAUCUUGUGCCUUCAUUGACGGAGGCAUAUGCUCUCUCUUUCUGCAAUAUACUACUGAAAAGACAUUUUUUUGUGUUAAAAAUAAUGGUGAAGAUUGGGUGCCUA